GCUUUCAAUGUGUAAUUUGCCAGCAGCGGGCUAAGCUGCAUAUCAGCAUACUAACGCCCACUCCUCAGCGUUCUACUUCUGGCUUCCUCCACCGAAGAUUGUCAUCAAGCUUGCAUACUACACACAUAUACUUAUUACACAGGGCCAGGAUACUGUAUAAGCGGCGUUGAGCUCAAGAACUUGAGCGUCUAGGCCACCGACGUACACCUCGCCCGGCGCCUCUGCGGCUGAAGCGCGCUCAAGUUCCAGCGAGGUGGAAGGGGCCGCCGCGGGGACAGCGGCCCAGUGAGCGAUGGCCCCCAAGAAGGGUGCCGCUAAGGGGGGUGCCAAGGGUGGCGCCAAGGCCAAGGCCGCGGCCACCCCAGCGAAGGGGCGUGGGAAAGGCAUGAACGCUGCAGAGGCGGCAGCAGAGGAGGUGGUUCAACCAGAGGCUGCCAACGGAGCGGCGGGGUCGUCACCCAGUGGCGCGGGCGGCGCAGAUGGCAGCUCGCCGCUCGGGGUCGUCCACACCACGCACACCAAGGCGAAGGCGCCGGCGCUCAGCAAGUUGAAUAAGGCCCAGAAGACAAUGCUGUCCGAGUUCAGGAACGCAACGGGGGCCAGCGAAAAGGUUGGCCUUGGGUGCCUGGCGGAUUCGCAGUUCGACUGUGAGAAGGCCAUCGACGACUUCUUCACCAGCGGCAUGGCUGACCAGGCCGGCAGUCGCGGGGGGCGGCGAGCGGCAGAGGCGCUGUACCGCCGCUACAAGGAGCCGGACGAGGACCACAUCGGUGUGGACGGCGUGCAGAAGUUUUGUGAGGACCUGGGCGUGGAGCCCGCUGACAUCGUCAUGCUGGUCAUCAGCUACCAUAUGGGCGCGGCGGUGAUGUGCGAGUACAGCCGGGAGGAGUUUGUGUCGGGGCUUGUCAAGCUGGGCGCCGAGACGCUGACGCGCCUGCGGUCCAAGCUGCCUGAGCUGCGGGCCUCGCUGGCCAAGGCCGACACCUUCCGAGCCGUGUACGCCUUCGCGUACGACUUCAGCCGCGAGAAGGGCCAGAAAUGUGUGCAACUGGACUCGGCGGUGGGCAUGUGGCGGCUGCUACUGGAGUCGCCGCACGCGGGGCCCAACGCCUGGUCGCUGGUGGACGACUGGGUGGCUUUCCUGGAGGCGCGGCACAGCAACCGGGCCAUAGCCAAGGACACAUGGCAGCAGCUGCUUGAUUUCAUCAAGUCGGUGAAGCCGGACUUCUCCAACUUCGACGAGAACAGCGCCUGGCCCUACCUGCUGGACGAGUUUGUGGAGCACAUGCGGGAAAAGCGGGCUGUGGGCACUUCAACCUAAGCAUCACGGCAGGCAAAAUUAUGCGUGCAACGGUGGACCGGAGGCUGUGUACAAGUCCUGCGCGGUACAACGGCGCCGUUGAGCAGGAUGGAUCCCGCACCGCAGGAUGAGCUGUAUUGCAGGACCCGCCGUGGGCAACGUGCCGGGAGGUUCGGCCUGGCAGAGGCAAGGAGCUGUUUGCGGAUGGAGUGUAUCAAUACCGAUGCGUGUAUAGCGGCAAUCGUGGAUGUGCAGUGUCCGCUAGGCCAGUUGUGCAAGAGUGUAAAUCAAAGUUGGCAACUGCGGGGCCCGCGUUGCCAAGUGCAGAGUCACGUACGAGUGGAAAUACGUAAAUGUGGCGGGGUGUGACACACAGCAUUCAAUGACGGAAUGCCUAAGCAACCUUGUAAUCCACGGUAGAAGUUUCGUGCUCGCACCACGCAGAAUGAAUUCACCGGGACGCAAGCCGAUUGUCCAAGCAAGGCAAUUAGGCAACUGAGCUUCAGCCGGAUGUCAACUGGAAUGCGCAUGUUUGUGUGUGUGGUGGUGGGGGGGGUUGUUCCUGAUGUUGCUGAUGCGGGCGGGGAAGCGCAACCACCUGAGGGGG